GUCAAUGGGAAGGAUUUAUCUAGAGCGACACACGAGCAGGCGGUGGAAGCGUUCAAAACGGCCAAGGAGCCCAUCGUGGUGCAGGUGCUGAGGAGAGCCCCGCGCACCAAGGCCUUCGCUCCUCCUCACGACUCCCAGCUGGUAGACGUGGGCACACAGACCGACAUCACUUUCGAACACAUCAUGGCUCUGAGCAAGAUGGGCUCACCCACUCCACCCGUCUCUGUGCUAGACCCAUACCUCCUACCUGAAGACCAUCCAUCAGUGCAUGAAUACUAUGACCCAAAUGACUACAUGGGAGGAAUUCAUCAAGAAAUGGACCGAGAUGAGUUGGAAUUAGAGGAAGUAGAUUUACAUAGAGUGAACAGCCAGGACAAGCUUGGCCUUACUGUAUGUUACAGAACAGAUGAUGAAGAUGACAUGGGUAUUUAUGUGAGUGAGAUUGACCCCAACAGUAUUGCUGCAAAAGACGGUCGGCUCCGAGAAGGGGAUCGCAUUAUUCAGAUCAAUGGCAUAGAAGUACAGAACCGGGAAGAAGCCGUAGCACUUCUCACCAGUGAAGAGAGCAAGAAUAUCUCCUUACUUGUUGCAAGACCAGAAAUUCAGCUGGAUGAAGGAUGGAUGGAUGAUGACAGAAAUGAUUUUCUGGAUGACUUGCACAUGGACAUGUUAGAGGAACAGCACCACCAGGCAAUGCAAUUUACUGCCAGCAUGCUUCAGCAGAAGAAGCACGAGGAGGAUGGAGGAACCACAGACACAGCCACUAUUUUAUCUAACCAGCACGAGAAGGACAGCGGCGUGGGGCGCACAGACGACAGCACUCGCAACGAUGAGAGCUCCGAGCAGGAGAACAACGCGGAUGAUCACACCACUGCCUCCAACACUUUAGGGAGCCAGAAGAAGCUGACGUACAGCCACGACACCCUCGGAAGCGGCGAUAUGCAGUUCAGCAACGAGUCGUUUAUCUCAGCCGACUGCACAGACGUCGACUUCCUUGGCAUCCCCGUAGACGAAUGCGAGCGAUUCCGGGAGCUGCUGGAGCUGAAGUGCCAGGUGAAGUCUGCCAACCCUUACGGUCUGUAUUAUCAUAACAGCAUGCUGGAUAUGAGCAAAAGCGACCAAGAAAGCGUUGACAGAGAGUUGGAGAUGCUGAACGAGGAGCUGCGCAACAUUGAGCUGGAGUGCCUGAAUAUUGUGAGAGCUCAUAAAAUGCAGCAGCUGAAAGAUCAGUACCGGGAGCCCUGGAUGCUACAUAACAGCGGGUUCCGCAACUAUAACACGAGCAUUGACGUUCGCAGGCACGAGCUCUCAGACAUUACGGAGCUCCCGGAGAAGUCUGACAAGGAUAGCUCGAGCGCGUAUAACACCGGCGAAAGCUGCCGGAGCACACCGCUCACGCUGGAGAUCUCCCCUGACAAUUCGCUGCGCAGAACUGCAGAAGGCAUUAACUGUCAAGGUAACGAGGGGGCAGUGGCAUACAGCGUCUCCCAAAAGAAUUUAUUUGCUAGCUCAGAAAGUCAUGAAGCCAGCACUGGCAAAUGCCAUGCCGCUGCUAAAGACCCCGACCCCAGCAAGCAGCUGGAAAGCAAGGAGAGAAAAGCCAGUGAUGGAAGCAAAAGCCCCACUCAUGGUCAGAAACCUUCUGGCUCCUACGUCUCCCCGUACCAUCACUCUCCGUACAAGCACGCUCACAUCCCUGCCCACGCCCAACACUAUCAGAGCUACAUGCAGCUGAUCCAGCAGAAGUCAGCGGUGGAGUACGCCCAGAGCCAAAUGAGCCUGGUGAGUAUGUGCAAAGACUUGAACUCGAGCCAGAGCGAACCGAGGAUGGAGUGGAAAGUCAAGGUCAGGAGCGACGGGACCCGCUACAUUACAAAGAGGCCGGUCAGGGACAGGCUGCUGAGGGAGCGCGCCAUAAAGAUCAAGGAGGAGCGCAGCGGGAUGACCACCGACGAUGAUGCCAUAAGUGAAAUGAAGAUGGGUCGUUACUGGAGCAAGGAGGAACGGAAGCAGCAUUUAGUGAAAGCGAAGGAGCAGAGGCGGCGGCGUGAGUUCAUGAUGCAGAGCAGGUUAGACUGCUUAAAGGAACAGCAAGGUGCGGAAGAAAAGAAAGAGAUGAGUAUCAUUGAACUGAGCCACAAAAAAAUGAUGAAGAAGAGAAAUAAAAAAAUAUUUGACAAUUGGAUGACAAUCCAAGAACUCCUAACCCACGGAACAAAGUCACCGGACGGCACACGGGUGUACAAUUCCUUCCUGUCAGUGACUACUGUAUAAUCACCCUUGCUAAAUUAUGUACAUAAAACACUACCAUUGGGGUAGAAAUCAAUGCCUCGUUCAAUGUGGCAAGAUUUUUGUAUAUAAGAUGCAGCCAUCGAGUUUAUAGUUCAAAUACUGAACUCUACAACUGUGGGUGCCGGGAUCUCCAUUUGGAAGUGGAGAGGAAGCUCGCCCGUCUCCUUCAAAGGCAAUAUUAACAGCGCUUUUUGGAUUACUGAUUGUACUUUUUUACUCGUUACCUUUUACAUGAAGUGUUUAAAUAUCAGAAAUGUAUUAACCAUACUUACACAGGUAAUUUGCUUAAACUAUACUCAUAUUAAAAGGUACCCGUGCUUUUCUUUAGGUAAAAAAAGAUGCAAAAACCCCACAAGAGCAACUGCACAUACGUAUUUUUUUUUGUGAAACCAUAUUUUGUGCUAUUAUUUUACUGUUGUUCACUUCUACACAGAGUGCCGUACCAAUAUUUAGCUCAAUGUUUCAACUCGGAGUCAUUCUCCUGUAAUAUUUAACAUUUAUCAAACAACAGUUUUUAGAGUUAUGCUCAACAUUUAAACAUUUUUCUUUUUAAGGUUUCUGAAGAAAGUAUAUAGGUUUCAUCUGAAAAGCCUGAAGCAAAGUACACUAUACUGCAGCUUUAAAGGAUUUUAAAGCAUGUUUGCAAAUGUUGCAGCCUAUUGAAAAAAAGUGCAUGUACAGCUAAUUUGUUUAUAUAAGACAGUUUGUGGAAUUUGAAAAGCCCAUGGUAGUAACUGUUUGCUAUAUAGAUUUGAAUGUAUUGAAUUAUAAAAGCAGUUCCAUGAAAUCAUCCUUAGCUACAAACGUUAACAAGUAAAAUGAAGCAAAAUAAAUUAUUGUUUUAUAUUUCAAA